AAUUCACACGGAGCGUUUCACGUUGUUGUUUUUUUACGUCUGCGACGUAAGUAAAGUCACGACUGUCUGUCUGUUGCAUCAAACAGCGAACGGCUCGGUUUUGCCUGACCUGAAAUAUGCCACAUUCACACAGGAUCGACAUGUGUCACCAAACUAGAAAUGGCAAUCUUCCCGCAGCCUGACUGAUUAAGCUAGCCAGCCACUUGGCUACCUCCUAGCCCAGGUUAGCUGAGUGCAGUCGGCGCAUCACGAACCAACAAGCAGCUACCGAGAGAAGAUGGCGGAGUACUCGCCUGUCCUGCCGAUGAGGGAUGGUGGAGCGAGGUUUGGUAUCGGACAGCCCAUCUUUCCCCGGUCCCGGUCCGGUUCAGAGUCCGACAGUGAACUGUCUCAGAGUCUGGCCCGAACCAAGAUCCGCUCUUACGGGAGUACGGCUAGCGUCGCGGCUUCUCUCGGCGAGAAAUACAUAGAGCAUCGGGUCACAGACAGCGACACUUUGCAGGGCAUAGCCCUCAAAUACGAAGUAACGAUGGAGCAGAUCAAGAGGACUAACAAGAUGUUCAGUAAUGACUGUAUCUUCCUGCGUAACACCCUCAACAUCCCUGUGGUCUCAGAGAAGACCUCUCCCCCCUUCAACGGCCUGUCUCUAGAGUCCCCCGACGGAGAUCCCCAGGACCAGGACUUCAACCCCCUUUGUGUGGGGCAGGACAGGGACACUGAGGAGGACCCCUCGUCACCUCUGGCCCCUGGGGAUAAGGACAGUAGUAGUUAUAAACGGCCCCAGCCGGAAGAGCUGUCGGCUCAAGACUUCCUGCACAGACUGGACUUGCAGAUUAAACAGUCAAAGCAGGCAGCACGCAGGCUCAAAGAAGAGGAAGUGAGGGACAGUGAAGAGGAAUACACACUUCCUGUUUCAUCAUACCAGGAGAUCUAAAGGACACGUUUACCUGAAGCCCUGAUUAACACCCAUCCACCCAUCAAUCCUUCCUACCUUUCUCUUCCUGUAUCUCUCUUUUACCAAACCAUCACACUGUCAUGUCUAAGUGUUUCAACUGAGGAUUCAUCCUUUGCCUUUUUAAUAUUAGUGUCAUUAUCAUACGUUUUAUUAUUAGUAUUCUUCUGGUUUUGUACUGUUCAACUGCUGUCAAUCAUCUGAACAGCAGGUAGUCUGUUACUAUGACACUCAUCCACUCACUACAAGUCUACAUGCUGCUGCUGUACAGAAUAACUCUCUGGUCUGUGUAUACCACACACACACAUACACAGGAAACACACAGGUGUGUGUGUGUUUGGGGGAUUAGUUCGAUACUGGCUUUUACCCUAACUCUGAUGAUCCAAUCCCUCCUAGAAUAGCAUCAGUCCACCAGAUGGAUGGAGAAGCCUCCAGUAUUACCUCCUCUUCCUCCUCCUCUCUUUUCCUCCUCUCCUCCUCUUUUCCUCCUCCUCUCCUCCUCCUCCUCUCCUUCUCUUCUCUUCCUCCUCUUCCACUCCUCUCUACUUCCUCCUCUUUUCCUCCUCCUCUUCCUCCUCUACUAGGCUGCUUCCAUAAUGGCAGCCUAUUUAUACCCCACAUUGACUGCAUCCCAAAUGGCUCCCUAUUCCCUAUGUAGUGCACUACUUUUGACCAGGGCCCGUAGGGUUUUGGUCAAGAGUAGUGUAUAACAUAGAGAAUAGGGUGCCAUUUUGGAUGUAUCCCUCGACUGAAUUCUCAACCAGAAGCUGUGGAUGGGAGGGGUGCUGAAGCUGUGGAUGGGAGGGGUGCUGAAGCUGUGGAUGGGAGGGGUGCUGAAGCUGUGGAUGGGAGGGGUGCUGAAGCUGUGGAUGGGAGGGGUGCUGAAGCUGUGGAUGGGAGGGGUGCUGAAGCUGUGGAUGGGAGGGGUGCUGAAGCUGUGGAUGGGAGGGGUGGUGGUGUUUUGUUUACCUGUUUUGAAGCAUUCAUUGGUGACAUAAAAGGAAAGCUCUGUUUGAAGUGUGAAUGUGCUGUUGUUUUUAAGUGUGUGAAAUACUGUACAAAUGAAACCAUGGCUGAGAUUUAAUGUGCUUUUUCUUCUUGAUUUGAGGAUGAAUAAAUGCAACUUUAAAACAGA